AUGGACGCAGGCGAGGCCCAAAUGAAGCUGAUCGCCUGGCUCCACGAGGCCUCCGAGGCCUUUCAAAAAGUCCCUGGAUCAGCGGUUCUGAUUCGAUACAUCCAGUCGAGCUACCAGAACGACCCCAUUCGUUCUGGUAUCGAGCUGGUUCUCUUCAUAUUCUUCGUCCGCUACCUUCUGUCGCCCUCCUAUUCCACCCAGAAGCAGAACUUCAUCAAACUCCGCGACGAUGAAAUCGACGAGUUAGUGGAAGACUGGACCCCAGAGCCGCUUGUUGCUCCCCAAACAGCUCUCGAGGAGAUCGAGGCCGAAAGGCUGCCUGUGAUUGUUGGCCCGACCGGCCCCAAGACCAAGCUCGCAAACGGACGCACCGUCACGAACCUCGCUUCAUACAACUUUUACAACUUCAAUGCCAACGAACAGAUCAAGGACAAGGCCAUCCAGACGCUGCGCACUUACGGCGUGGGCCCAUGCGGCCCUCCCCAAUUCUACGGCACUCAGGACGUGCACAUGAAGACUGAGGCAGAUAUCGCCGUCUAUCUUGGUACCGAAGCCUGCAUUGUCUACGCCCAAGCCUUCUCCACCAUCUCGAGCGUCAUUCCCGCCUUUUGCAAGCGCGGUGACAUCAUUGUUGCUGACCGCGCCGUCAACUACUCUAUUCGCAAGGGUAUGGAGGCGUCCCGAAGCACCAUCAAGUGGUACAAUCACGGUGAUAUGGACGACCUCGAACGCGUCAUCCGGAAAGUGGUCAAAGAUCAAAAGGGCAAAAAAUUGACAAGAAGAUUCAUCGUCUCAGAAGGCUUAUUCGAGAUCACGGGAGACAGCGCAGACCUGCCUAGACUUGUUGAAUUGAAAGAAAAGUACAGAUUCCGUAUUAUCCUAGAUGAGACUUGGUCUUUUGGCGUCCUCGGCCGAACCGGCCGGGGCCUUACUGAAGCGCAGAACGUCGACCCUUCUCAGGUAGACAUGAUCGCUGGCUCCCUUGCCGGCCCUCUUUGUGCCGGCGGCGGCUUCUGCGCCGGCGCCAAGGAUGUAGUUGAGCACCAGCGUCUCACGGCAGCUUCUUACACCUUCUCGGCUGCCCUGCCUGCCAUGCUUGCGGUCACGGCCAGCGAGACCCUCAGUGUUCUGCAAUCCAACCCGGACAUCCUUACCCAGUGCCGUGAGAAUACCAAGGCCAUGAGGGCACAGCUGGAUCCUCGCAGUGACUGGGUCGUCUGCACCAGUUCCCCCGAGAAUCCCAUCAUGUUACUAGUACUCAAGGCCGAGGUCGUCGCAGCGCGCAAGCUUACACGAGAGGACCAAGAAAGGCUGCUACAAGACUGCGUCGAUGAGGCUCUCGCCAACGGAGUUCUCAUUACGCGCCUCAAGAGCAUGCCUAUUGCCAACGACCUAAACCCCAAAGACGACAGCUGGCAGAUCCAGCCGGCGCUCAAGGUGUGCAUCACCACCGGCUUGCCAAGGAAGGAUAUCGAGAAGGCAGGUGUCACAAUCCGACAUGCCAUCACCAAGAUUAUGACCAGGAAGUCGAGCUCCAAGUCGGCAUAG